AUGUAGCGCUACGAGCACGUUGGGGAUAUGGCUGCAGCAUGCCCGCCAACCGCUGGCGAGGGCCACGCGACACUGAAACAGCUGCUUCAUCAUAUAUCUGAGAUGCACGAGCUCUCGAAUGCUGACCCAUCAGAGCUGCGUGGCGAGCUGCUGGGCCUCCUGGCCGGAGUGCAAUUGCGAGCGGACAGAAGUUUGUGUCUGGCGCUCCUGUCAGCUUAUCAGAGCAUGGGGCGCCGUAUCAGUGAGGGCGAGAUGUCUGAAGAGCACACUUGCUGGCUGGAACUUGGAGACUUCAUCCUGACGUCCUCCAAGCGCGAAAACAUUCCCAACCUGCUCCUGGCCCUGGUUCAAACCGACACAUUCAACAUUUUCUCAAGGGUGUGUGCAAGCAUCGCACCAACGCUCGAAGCCACUGGCCAGGGGCGCAGCAGCCCUGUCGGAGCGGGCGAUGAUGAGGGCGGGCAGCGCGCUGGCGGCAGCGUGCAGGCUGGCUGUCCGCCUGUCAGCGCGUGCCUUCAGAUACUAAGGCACAUGCUUCGCAUGUUGGACUUGUAUGACCCUGCGGUGCCACUGCCGGAGCUGCUGUCGGCGCUGCGGCGCAGCCAGCUACUAGAGGCGCUGACGGCGGCGGUGAUGCGCCUGGCGACCGCGCUGCCGGUACCCACCUCCACCGGCAGCAGCUCGGGCCAGCCUGAGUCCCAGAGGAAAUGGGAGUGUCUGACGAUGGUCGUGGAGCUCUUGUGCGCAGCUAUGCAGGCCCUUGCUCUGCGAGCCUGCCCGUACGACUUCUUCGGGGCCCUGACGCCGCAGCCGCACGAGCACCAGGGCGUGCCGCCGGGGGCGGUCGCGACGGCGGCGGAGCUGCGCCUGCUGAUGCGCGGCCGGAACGUGCAGGUCUUUGCUGUUUGGGCGCUCUGCUGCCUGAACCUGGGGGCGGCUGCGGCGGACGCAGCACUAACGGGCGCACACGCGGCGGGACCAGCGGGCGAGGACAUGCCAGCUCGGAUGGCGGCGAUACGGCGUGCGCUGCCUGCGACCUGGGUGCGACCGAUGUGGCCGGACACGCCGCCUACGCAAAGCAUAUCUUGUGCAGCGGAGCUCCUGGCGUUGGUGCUGCAAGUCACCGCUGAAGGGCACGCGCACCUCCCGAUCUCCCAACCUCCAACCGGGCACCGCACUGCUGCCGGAGAAGCAGGAGCGCGCGAGCCACAGCAGCCGCUGCCGGAGCAGCAGCAGGCCGCACAGCUGCGGCCGCCGUCUCCACACGUGUGCCCGCUGCUGUGCCGGCGGCCUGCUGCGGUGUACGACUUGUUGGCAGCCACUGCCCUCCCCGGCCUCUCCCUGGAGGUGGCGGCAGGGGAGGCUGCGGCGGCGGCGGCGGCAGCGGAGGCGGUGGCGGCGGCGGCGGCGGUGGGGCCAAGGCGCCAGGCGGGUGGCCGGCAGGCACCGCCGGCCGCUGCCGGAGCCGAUGAGACCACUGGCUGCGUUCCGGCAGAUGCCGUGACGUGUCUGCUGCGGUGCCGGCUGCUGAUGCACAUGCGGCCGGCGCAGGCGGCGGCGCGGCUGCCGGGCCUGUGGCGCGGCGUGGUGGUGCCGCAGCUGCGUGUGUGUCACCUGUAUCCAGGGCAGGCGGGAAAGGUGACAGCGUACAUCGGCGAGCUGCUGAGGCUGCGGCUGCCGCCCGUGUGUGGGACAGGCUUGGGAGGUCCUGGGGCCGCUCGGGUUGACGUGCUGCAGCCGGAGGCGGAGCCCUGCUACAGCCUGCGCUGUGCGGUGGACGGGGGGCUGCUGCCGGCGCUGGAGUGCGCGCUGCGGCGGCCGCAGGCGGCGCCCAGCGUGGUGCAGAUGCUGGGGACCAUCAACCAUGUGCUGCGCUACUCGGGCGCAUGGCCGGCGAUGGUGAUAACCGCGCCGCCGCUGCAGGUGGCGGCGCUGGUGAUGACGCUGGCGGCGGCUGCGCGGCACCUGCUGGAGGCAAGCGGCGGCGCUGGCGGCACAGGCGGCGCUGGCGGCACGAGCGGCGCUGGCGGCGCAGGCGGCGCUGGCGGCGCAGGCGGCGCUGGCGGCAAGCGGCGGCACCUGGCAAGCGGCGGCGCUGGCGGCACAGGCGGCGCUGGCGGCGCAGGCGGCGCUGGCGGCGCUGGCGGCACAAGCGGCGGUGGCGGCUCAAGCGGCGCUGGCGGCGCGGCGCCUGAGCUGUACUUGGUGGGCGCGGGGCGGGUGGGCGGCGUGUACCCGGCCGCGGGUGGCGCGCACAUCGAGCUGAGUCGCUACUUGGCAGCAAUGCUUGAGCAGCUGCUGGACCUGUGGCGAGCCAUAGACAACGACGAACUGGAGCAGCUUGAGCGGGAUGAGGGCUGCGCGGCAGCGCCCGCAUGCAGCGGCUACCUGAGGCUGAACAAUGCGUUGGAGCCGGCGGCGGCGGGCUUCGCUCCGCUGCAGAUGGGCUGGGUGACGCGACUGGCAGUGUGGGCCAAGCAUGCGCGUCGCCCGGUCAGCUGCAACGCCGGCGGCGGCGUUGACUUCGGCAUCGGCACCGGAACGGGCAUGGGCAUAGGCAGGAGCAGCGGCGUUUUCCAUGAAGAGCAGGAUAGGUGGCUUGUAAGCCUGGCGGUGCAGCAGUGGCUGCCGGCGCUGCUGGACGCGGCGGUAGAGCGGCUUGACGCCGGCCCGCUGGCGAGCGGCGCAGAUCACCAGCUGGUGCUGCUGGUGACGCGGCUGGCGCGCGACGUGCUGUCGAGCUAUCUGCUUGAUGAACACCCGCAACACCUUUACCAGGACUUGUACCAGAAUCAGACCGACGCCGGGGACGAGGAUAAAGAAGAGGAAGAGGAAGAGGCGGCGGCUUCACCUAGGGCGCACGCGUUGCGGCUGCAAUCGCGGCGCACGUAUGUCAGAGAGCUGCUGGAGGGACCGCUGAGCCUGCUCGUCCAUCACCUAGCUGCGCGACCGGAGCUGUGGGCGGACAGCGGCAGCCGCAGCGGCACCAGUGCUGCUGGCGCCGAGAGUGCUAGGGGCGACGGCGACAGCGGCGGCAGCAGCGCCCGCGCCUUCGCGGAGUGUUGUGUGCUCGACGCCCUGGAGGGGUAUUGGUCCUGUACGCCCACCGAGUGCUACUACCUCACGUCCACAUGGCGGCUGCUGGCGGCUUGCAACCUGGUGCGGGAGGGCAAGGCGCUCGGGCCACGCACUGGCAGGCGGGGCGCCAGCGGCCGGCCGAGGGCGGGCGGGGGAAACACCUUCUCGCAAGCGGACGCCACGGCUAUCGCGGCUGAGGCGGGCGGCCUGCCGCUGCUGGCGCUGCCUGUGAGGCAGCUGGCGGUGAAGCACGGGCGUGAGCAGCUGGUGGCGCUGAUAGAUGCGGUGGAGGGGGCGCUCCGGGACCCGUCAGUGGCGCCGGGCAAAGGUCUCAUACUGCUGCCGCAGGCCUACGAGAGCGUUGUGGAGAGGCUGUGUGACCCCACGGCCGGCGAGUACUUCCCCUGGGUGAUGUCACCGGUGGCUGUGGAGCAGGAGCUGGCCAGCCUGCUGCAGGCGGCGGGGGCGGCGGAAGCGGCGGGGGCGGCGGGGGAUGGAGGUGGAGGCUGCAGCGUUGGCGGCGGCCCGAGUGGCAGCGGCGUGGGCGUGGCCGGCGGCAGCGGGCUGGCUGCUGCAUUUUGCGGCAACCCGCGCUGCCGGCAGCUUGACGGGCCCAGCGCGAUAGUUGCCGCCGGCCGCGGCAAGCUGUGCGCGCGGUGCCGCGGGGUGCGCUACUGCGGCGGCCUCUGCCAGCUGGAGCACUGGCGCGCGGGGCACUCCACUUCGUGCUUGGGCGCGGCAGGCGGAGGCGGGGGCGGAGGCGGGGGCAUGGCUGCCGCGCCGAAGGGGUCUGAGGUGUCCAUAACCCACUGGCAGGCUGUGGCAGGGCAGAUUGCACUCUGAAGAUGUUGGAGCGCCAUAUACUGAAGGAUACGGGCUGCCGCUUGGGCGUGGUGGCGUUGUUCAAGGUGUGCUCACGUGCGCAUCAGAUGGUGCAUGUGGGUAUUGCUUGUAACGCUACAGGAUGUUGUAAAAUUAGCCAGGAUCAGGGCAAGGAGCGAUUGCGUUGUGGUGGCGAGUAGUCAUGUGUGUGCGUGUCCUUACCUGCCCGCCAGCGGCUGCGGAUGCCCUCACGUGGUGCGUGCAUGUACAGGGCAGCUAGGCAAGGAAGUGGCGGGGUUUGCUUAGUACGGUAAUGUGGUGGUGCAGUUGGGCAGGGUACGGAGCAGGUUGGCGUAGUCCCGUGGGGAAGCAAGUAGUUGAUAUAGCUGAGCUUGUAAUGUGAUGAUGGUGGGGUUGGGGUUGCAUGCUCUUAUGGUGUUCGGACAAGGACAAUGCGGUGCAGCAGUGCGCGCAGGUUGUAUGCAUCGCCUGGCUUGUGCGUAUGCAUGUGGCAGCGCUCGUCAGUUCGGGCCUUGAAGGCUCUGAUGUCCGUAGGAGUAAGCGGGCGCUUGUGCGACCAUGUCUUGAAUUGCAAUCAGUCAUCAACGCAUUUUGUGAUUGCAUGUUGCCGGAUUGUGCAUGUGUGACGGUGACUUGAAUUUAAAGCGGGAAGCGCACUGGUAGUGUUACGCAGGGCAGGUGCUGGUGCUAUGCGAUGAUGGGGGGGCAGGACAGCAGGCCAGGUACUUGGUCGUGCCGUCCUGGCGGCUUGAUUGACGGGUGGUGCCCGCCAAGGCCACAAGCGGCAUUCGUACGUGUUUGUAGAACAGACCGCGAGGUAUUGUACUGGCAUUCAUCGUAAGGUCGGUUGCCGCGCUCUUCGACUGCCCGUUGCGCAAGCCGCGAAGUGCGCGAGUGGGAGCUGUGAGACCCGCUUGGCGGAGACCCCAACGCGUUGGUGAGGCGCAUACAGUGGCAGUUGGACACAUGUGGGUCACUUGGCUGCCACACACUCGGAUGUGACUGGUGAGUUGUUGCUGGCACGUGUGGAGGCGCGCAGAGCUGCAGCUGCCGUGCGCUUGGAUGGCUUGUGCAGUUUCAGGGCCGUCGUA